AUGUUUGAUACACCUGAAAAUAUCGUCGAAUACGCAUACGACCACAUCUCAGAAUGGUACCUACAGUGGGUCGAGAGUCAUGAAUCACCGCGAGAGAGAUACGUCAAGAAGCUCCUUGAGGGGCUACAACCGUCACCUUCUAUUCUAGAACUUGGUUGUGGCCCUGGAGUUCCUAUCUUGCGACUGCUUCUCGAACAAGGCGCACACGUAGUCGCAAAUGACAUCUCGACGAAGCAAAUUGAAAAGGCCAAAGCCCGCUUCCCCGAUUGUGAGCUGAUUUCUGGCGACAUGACAGAACUCGUUUUCGAGCCGGAGAGGUUCCAUGGAGCAAUCAGUUUCUACACACUGUUCCACCUUCCAAGGUCGAAGCUCAGGGAUAUGUUAACCAAGAUCCACAGUUGGCUAAAGCCUAACGGAGUUUUUGUUUUCAAUCUCGCAACCAUCGAUGAGGAAGAAAUCCAUGGCGAAUUCUUAGGAUAUGGAAUGUUCUGGAGUAGCUUCGACAUCAAGGGGAGUCAAGCACUACUGAGGGAAGUCGGAUUCGACUUAUUGCAGGUGGAAGUAUUGCAGGCAGGCGAUGGGAAAUUGAAGGAGGAUGAUCCAGACUAUGGAGCCGAGUUUAUGUGGGUGGUAGCACGAAAGACAGAUCCUCUUACUGGCGGAAUGCCGUAA